CCACCACCACUAACAGGCACAUGCACCUUUUUUUUUCGGUUUUCCACACUCACUAACCGUCGACACUUUCUGUUUCCCUUCUCUAAGCGCCCGCCAGCCCUGAACCAACACCCAGCCAAUCCCAUCCUUGCAGCCUGUAACCCCUCUUUCUUCACCACCACCACAGGGCUUGCCGGGAACACUGGACGCUGAUUGGCCCGCUGUCUGCCAGCUGCGAGCUCCACACCACCUCCCAAAAUAGCAGUGGACGACUGCCCAGCCAAUCACAGCGCGCAGCCGCCGCCGUCCGUCCCAGGGCCCGGCGCUUAACGGCCGCUGGCUACAGGAUGCCCGUCUUUGGGUGACAAACACGGCUUCCGUUGAGUGUCUUUUGUAUAAUAUUUUGCCGCACCCCAGGCCCCGAGCAAAACGCAGCUUCGCUUCUCCCGCGAUUUCCAAGUACCUUUUUACUUGCGUUCUGUGUUUGUUUGGCUGUUUCUGUCCCAUUGACAUACGCCCACGCGGUUCACAGAACGGUGCUUUGCAUCAUCUUUCUCUUUUUUCUUUGUUUUUCUCUUUUAGUAGAGGAAAGACAGUACAGGAAUUUCAGUCGAGCCAUAUCGACCAGCCUGCAGGUCUCGCACAGACUUUUCAAUCCAGGGACAAAACCCAAUAUAACAGACAUCCAUCGCCAUGGCUUCGCAUCAACAGCCCGUCUCAUCACAAGGCGGCUUCUCUCUCUUUCCUAAUCCCCAGGUUGCUCGCCCCCCGCCUCCGCCAAACUCUGUUCCUCGAUUGGAUCCCAAUCCUCGACCUCGGCGUCGCUCGCCUUCUACAAAUGAUAUUGCUCGGCCAGUGAUCCAACCUCACCACCAGCAGCCUGAGAGCACCGGGAACACAGCAGCCGCAGCCGUAGCUGCAUCACCAGAUACAAACGCCUCAAGCACUCCUUCACAAGGGCGUGCAACUCCUCUGCAGUUUCAGCUGAUAUCGCAAGCAUCGCCCUCGGCGUCAACUCCCGCUUCAUCAGCGCCUAGCCACGGGCGAAGUGCUAGUCGCAGCUCCAUAGCCAAGCCCCCCAUCAUCGACGAGUCUUCGAUCGAUCCAGAGCCCCAGCCGUUCCGAUCCAUCUUCCCAACUUACAACCCUGAUAUUCCCUUGGAACAACAGCCGUAUGGGCCGACACACUCGCAGCCGGCCACAGUACCCAGAGCCGUCAUUAGCAGACAGAGCUAUUACGACCCGCACGCCAUUGCUGAGCAAGGCGACCGUGACAGUCGUCCAGAACGCGCACGCAGCCCACCAGCCAGACAUGAUGUCCCUGCCGCAGCGUUCUCCAACCGCGGCCAAAUGGGCACAAUGGUUGGCCGCGCAGUAACCACUGUCGACGCUCCUGUAAUUCCAAGAACAAGUACAACAGAAGAACUCCGCAGCUUCUGGAAAGCUGCGAAUGGCUGGAAAGCGUCCCCAUCCGAAGCAAAAGUAUUUUGUCUGCGGUUGACGCAGCUCAAGGAUGCACCUGUGUAUACGCUCUCUUCUGAUACUCAACCCUUCUAUAACAUGGCCCUCGAUCCAACCUCGGCCUCUGCCAACGUCAUGCUUGCUCGCCAUGACCCGUCCAAAACAUACAAGCCAAAAAAAGGCGAGUCCGGCACGUCGGGCUCCCCUAGUGGCGUUGUGGGCCACAGCAGAGUGACCGAUAGUAAGCAUUGGCAAACAGCACUGGCUACCACGUUAGAAGAAGAGUCUAGAAGAGAACCCCCCAACGAUGGCCUCGUUGCUCUGCUCAUGCCUACUCCCGCAGCUCGGAUGGCAAUGAACAAGGCAAACGACCCCGCCGCCGUUGAAAUGGCCGAGCGGGAAUGCGCUCGACUUGUCUGGGAUAACGACAGCAGCUGCCACUACAUGGUGCACCAGGCGCUAGCUGCACCCUUCUGCAUUACUGUGGAAAAGUCGCCCGCAUGGUCGCGCACAGAGUAUACCCUCGAGCACCACGAAUCAACACGCCACCUUGCCAAGCUCACGAAAGAUGGCACUGGCGGUGGUUGGCUCGAGAUAGACACACUGGUAGCGUCCCAGAUUGAAGCCUACUACAUCAUUGAUGUCGCCGUUACAGCACUGAUGCUAGUCGCAGCUGCUGAUGACCGCAAUACACCUAGUGGCACGGUUGCUGAAACAUUUGCACCCCCGCCGUCUGUCCACGUGCCUAGCGGUCGUAACAGCCGAAGUAGCGGGCGAUUCAGUCGCAUGUCUCGCUCCAGCACCAAGGAGGCCAACAAGUCCAAGAAGACGGCCAAGAAGAGCAAAACACGCAUGGAGGAGUUUGAGAUGGACAUUGAGAGCCAGGACGACAGUGUGAAGAAGAUCGGCACACAGGUCAAGGAGCUGGAGGAUGGUUUGCCAUUCCUGCUCAGAGUGAUUGUCAAGAUAAUCAAGACCGUAUUCAAGUUUGUGAUUUGGAUUUUGACAUUGGCGUUUAGGAUCCUGGCAAAGUGCUUUGGGUCAAAGUAUUAACUAAUGCGCCAGCCUUGUAUAUAUUGCAUUAGUAUUUCUUUGUUCAUUUUGUUUUUAGUUUUAAAAGAGGGGGUUCGUGCUGGAUAGCGUGCACGAAAAUCACGAAGUAAUGAUAUGAGCAUUUUGCAUAUUC